CCGUUGUGAGAUCUUUACCCAUUCCCCUCCAGUGCCCCCAUUCAAACAAACAAAGAACGAUUGAGCGCCCUCCAAAGAACGAUUCAAACAAUCCGUCCAUUCUGUUCCCUCUCUUUCUCUCAACCCUCCAACCUUUCCUCUCUUUCUCUCUCUAAAACUUCCUGUCUCUCAUGGGGAUCGCUGCAGAGACACAGCCAGAAGAGAAGGCUUCUUCAGAGGUAAUAGCAGUGGGGAAAAGGUGGACUCUCAAUGACUUUGACAUUGGAAAGCCUCUUGGAAGGGGAAAGUUCGGCCAUGUUUAUCUGGCAAGAGAAAAGGAGAGCAAUCAUAUUGUGGCACUGAAGGUGCUUUUCAAGAGCCAGCUGAAACAGUCUCAGGUUGAGCAUCAGCUUCGCCGUGAAGUUGAAAUCCAGAGUCAUCUUAGACACCCUAAUAUUCUACGCCUUUAUGGAUACUUCUAUGAUCAGAAACGAGUUUAUUUGAUAUUGGAAUAUGCAGCCAAGGGUGAACUGUACAAGGAGCUACAGAAGUGUACGUACUUCAGUGAAAGACGUGCUGCUACUUAUGUGGCGUCACUAGCUCGAGCUCUUAUCUAUUGUCAUGGAAAGCAUGUCAUACACAGAGAUAUUAAACCAGAGAAUCUUUUGGUUGGUGCACAGGGGGAACUCAAAAUUGCAGAUUUUGGUUGGUCAGUACACACAUUCAGCCGUAGGCAGACCAUGUGUGGCACGCUUGAUUACCUCCCACCUGAGAUGGUGGAGAGUCUUGAGCACGAUGCAAAUGUAGAUAUAUGGGGCCUUGGUGUCCUGUGCUACGAGUUCCUUUAUGGGGUUCCUCCUUUUGAAGCAAAGGAACUCUCAGACACAUACAGAAGGAUUAUGCAAGUGGAUUUGAAGUUCCCUACAAAGCCUAUAGUCUCUUCAGCUGCAAAGGACCUCAUUAGUCAGAUGCUUGUCAAGGAUUCUUCACAAAGAUUGCCACUGCACAAGCUUCUUGAGCAUCCAUGGAUUGUUCAGAAUGCAGAGCCUUCUGGCAUCUAUAAGGGUUAAUUAGCAGUGUCAAAUGUGUUGGGGUUACAAAGUCGAAUAUCAAUCAAGCCUCUAGUUCUGCAAGAAUGCCAACAGCUCCACUUGAGUUAGUUGAAUUCAUAAAGUAAUAUAACCAUAAAUAUGCUGUAUUGUAAGGAGAUUGAGACAUUAAAAUAGGUUUUCCUACAUGAAUCCGAGACAAAGUUGGAAUGAUCUUGUGCCACAUUUUUUGGAGUUCAUAACACAAAUAAUAUUCUUUCAUGUUACAGUUUUUUUGCCUCAA